UCUGUAUGCAAGGCAUUGAUGCAUCAUCGAGAAUGAGGUUCGGUACCGAGCUUGGACGUGAUUCCAAUAGUCUGUACGAGUGCAUGUUUUUAAUAGUUGAUUGCCUCGUUUCCACUUUGUCAACAACUGACCAGCCUGUCUAUUGUAACGAGAAGUAAAGCCAUCCAGCGAUUGGAAAACUAGUUGCAUGGCGGAUUCUUUCUCGUCUAGGUACGAUGCGUCACAUUCUCAGUCAUCUAAUCUCAUCAAACACCACUCUUCCCUCACCAAACUACCUACCGAUGCUAACGUCGUCGGUCCCCAGGAGGGAAUCGCAUGUCAGUUUUGACUUCUGUUUCUGCGUCCGGCAUGAUCGGACAGAGAGACUACGAAACGAAAUGUUGUCACAGUCUGCCUUGAGAGAGACAUCACUCUGUCACACGGGGAAAGGGUUGAACAGUGCUGUAGUGAUUUCCCACACCCCCGUGGAAACACAUCCGCAUAAAAGUAAAAUGAAUGGAUCAAUAUAUCAGAAAACCUCUCUCAACAGUCAGCCUAGCUAUAACAUACCAUCUACAAGCCCCCUCCCUCCUACUGUCCCGCCAAACUACGUUGUACACAUACCAAACACCAAACGCGGAUACACUUCCAGAAGUGGGACACGCGCCACACGCAUGCGAAAUCAACAUGUGGCGCAGACUCGAGGCUGUGCACGUGCCCUGUCCUUGUCUUGCAUGUGA